AUGUGCCGUCGCGUGAAAGACAUGUUUUAUGUGAGGCGCUGCUCGCCAAUAGGUCCUCCGUACUACUUUGUUUGGGCCGAGGCUCUGGCUUUUGGGCAGGGUUCGGGGAUGUCAGCGACCAGGCAAGACAGACCAACAGACCUGCACGACACCUUUAUUAAGACUGACUUGAAAACUGCUAAACGAGCUGCUUUAUUAUUGCUAAAGCCACCUGCUGACAUGAUCGAGGGGUUUGGGGUGCUAGACUGGGAUGAAGGAAGGACGCCUCAGUUCUACCAGUGUCAGAACCUUACGCAAGACCCAGACGAGAUGUUGUAA